GUGACUCACAGCCUCUCCACAGGUAUAUAAGGCGUGCGAAACGUCUAUCCGUUUCCUUGUUUUAGUGAAGCAUUCAUUUGUGACAACACUUCACAUCACAAACACAUCAUGGCGGACAACGCUCCAGCCGGUGGCGGAAGAGGCGGUUUCAGAGGUGGUUUCGGUGGCGGCGAACGCGGCAGAGGUCGAGGCCGUGGACGCGGUCGUGGAGGACGCGGAGGAAGGGGUCGCGGCCGAGGGGGCAAAGACGGCGACAAGGAGUGGAUUCCUGUGACCAAAUUGGGUCGCCUCGUGAAGGACGGAAAGAUCAAGUCGUUGGAAGAGAUCUACCGGUUCUCACUGCCCAUCAAAGAGUUCGAGAUCAUUGACUUCUUUAUCGGACCCCAACUGAAGGACGAGGUGUUGAAGAUAAUGCCGGUCCAGAAGCAGACGCGCGCCGGACAGAGGACUCGUUUCAAGGCAUUCGUGGCGAUCGGCGACUACAACGGUCACGUGGGUCUGGGCGUGAAGUGCAGCAAAGAGGUGGCCACUGCUAUCCGCGGUGCCAUCAUUUUGGCCAAACUGUCGGUCAUUCCCGUUCGCAGAGGUUAUUGGGGUAACAAAAUCGGUAAACCGCAUACCGUUCCCUGUAAGGUGACCGGAAAGUGUGGCUCCGUUUUGGUGCGACUCAUACCCGCGCCCAGAGGUACAGGUAUUGUGUCGGCUCCGGUGCCCAAGAAGUUGAUGCAUAUGGCGGGUAUUGAGGACUGUUACACAUCGGCCACCGGCUCGACGUGUACUUUGGGUAACUUCGCGAAGGCUACGUAUCUGGCCAUUCAACAGACCUACUCAUACCUGACGCCCGACUUGUGGCCCGAAUCGCCGCUCAAUAAGUCUCCGUAUCAGGAAUAUCACGACCACCUGUCCAUCAAUGUCAGCGCCGCUCAGGCACUCAAAUAGAGACUGACUUUCCGUUUAUUGAAUGUCUCAAUAAAUAUUUGAAUUUAUGAAUAA